AGUCGGCUGGAAUUGAGUAGCAUUCACUGAAUCUGCGGAUUUCAUGACGUCUCCCUGCGUGGUCCAUCACUUUUUUCCUAACCAAGGAUUUAUUUCUUUUUUUCCUGCUACUCGCCUUUCCCGCUUCCUGCCACCCAGCCUCCCUCCCCCGUCCCUGCCCGACCGAGCGCCACUCCGCGCCCCCUGUGGCCCGGGCGCCGAGACCUCCGCUCCGCGCUCGGCUGACGGGAGCCAGUCCGGAGCCGGCCGCGCCUGGCUGGAGCGGCCGGGCGGGCGACGGGCUGGCAUCCGCGGGAACCUGCGAGCGGGGGCCGGAGCUGCAUGGACCGAGAGGAGAAUGGAGUCUCCUAACAGCCUCCCGGGGCCGCUGUGAAAUGUGACCAUCUGCUUCCAGCUUUUCUUUUCCUUCUCUCUUUUUUUUUUCAUCUCCUACCCUCGCCAUCGACCGUGCCGUGCGUUAUUAAAUCUUGCUCCAUUCCAAGAGGGGAGACCAUGAUUGAGUGAGACCACCCUGUCCGAAGCCAGGAAAAGCACAAAGAAGAAUCAACAACAAUGGCCAAGUUGACAGAAUCUAUGACUAACGUCCUGGAGGGCGACUCCAUGGAUCAGGAUGUGGAGAGCCCCGUGGCCAUUCACCAGCCAAAGUUGCCUAAGCAGGCCAGAGACGACCUGCCGAGACACAUCAGCCGGGACCGGACCAAAAGGAAAAUCCAGAGGUACGUGAGGAAAGAUGGGAAGUGCAAUGUACACCACGGCAACGUGCGGGAGACCUACCGCUACCUGACCGACAUCUUCACCACCUUGGUAGACCUCAAGUGGAGGUUCAACCUGCUCAUCUUCGUCAUGGUUUACACAGUGACAUGGCUCUUUUUUGGAAUGAUCUGGUGGCUAAUCGCCUACAUCCGAGGAGACAUGGACCACAUAGAGGACUCCUCAUGGACUCCCUGUGUCACCAACCUCAACGGGUUCGUCUCUGCUUUUUUAUUCUCCAUAGAGACAGAAACCACCAUUGGGUAUGGCUACCGGGUCAUCACGGAUAAGUGCCCAGAGGGAAUUAUUCUCCUCUUAAUCCAGUCUGUGCUGGGAUCCAUUGUCAAUGCAUUCAUGGUGGGAUGCAUGUUUGUAAAAAUAUCACAACCCAAGAAGAGGGCAGAGACCCUGGUCUUUUCCACGCAUGCGGUGAUCUCCAUGCGGGAUGGGAAACUGUGCCUGAUGUUCCGGGUGGGGGACCUUAGGAAUUCCCACAUUGUGGAGGCCUCCAUCAGGGCCAAGCUGAUCAAAUCCAAACAGACUUCGGAAGGGGAGUUCAUCCCCCUGAACCAGACGGACAUCAACGUGGGGUACUACACGGGGGACGACCGGCUGUUUCUGGUGUCACCGCUGAUCAUUAGCCACGAAAUUAACCAACAGAGUCCUUUCUGGGAGAUCUCCAAAGCCCAGCUGCCUAAAGAGGAACUGGAAAUUGUGGUCAUCUUAGAAGGAAUGGUGGAAGCCACAGGGAUGACGUGCCAGGCCCGGAGCUCCUACAUCACCAGUGAGAUCCUCUGGGGAUACCGCUUCACCCCGGUCCUGACGCUGGAGGACGGCUUCUACGAGGUCGACUACAACAGCUUCCACGAGACCUAUGAGACCAGCACCCCGUCCCUUAGUGCCAAAGAGCUGGCCGAGCUGGCCAGCAGGGCGGAGCUGCCCCUCAGCUGGUCUGUGUCCAGCAAGCUCAACCAGCACGCAGAACUGGAGACCGAGGAGGAAGACAAGAACCCCGAGGAGCAAACAGAAAGGAACGGCGAUGUGGCCAACCUGGAGAACGAAUCCAAAGUGUAGCGCCCAGGCCGGGCAAGCCCUUCCAGAAGCCUCCGCCCCAGACGCCGCCUCUCCUUGUCUCUUAUUUUCUUUCUUGUCUGUCUCUCGUACUUCGCGCUUUAUUUCCUUCUAUUUGAUUUUGACAUUGCCAGAAAACAAAUCUUCAAGGUGUAAAAUAUCUACCUGCCCUCUCUCACUUGUUCCGAUUGACAAAAUAGACGUGGAUUGGGUGAAAAAUGCCAUGUGCCCUCUUUUGUGGCUCAAGCCUGGUCUCCUCCCAAAAUACCAACUUCUAACUUCUAGGGAUAGCAACUACUUUUACCUGCAUGUGUUGUACAAUAUGAGAUCACCCAAAAGAGCGUGUCAAAGAUACGUAAGCUCUCUGGUGCCUAAUUAUCACGAAGUGAGCAGCAGUAUGACCUCCAUGUUUUAGAUUCCAACACAUUUUAUCGCCCACAGAGUGAGGUGCUCCCCCGUGAGGCACAGCAGGCUGAGACCCAGGUGAGCGCAAGACAAACCACUGUACAUAGAUCUGCCUUAUGGAAUUACUUUCUUUUGGCAAUUAGAAAUAAAACCCAGCAUGUACAAAAGUACUGUAGAGCAGAACUUCUAAAUAGUGUACAUAGAUGUAUCAUUAACAUAAUUUUAGAUAUGUAACUUUAGAAAUAAGAAGAAAAAAAAAAGAUUCCCAGCACACAGUAGGCAUUUCUGUUUUGAUGUCUGCAUUUUCCACAUUAUUUAGGGCAUGGCCUUGGUUCUGGGUCCCUGCCCAGCAGUCCUGAGGGUACUUCUCUGUCCCUCACUGACCCUUU